CUAACAUUGUUCUCUGGUGGCUGGUGUGCUUACUUAACUUUUGUGUGUUUGAUUAAAAAACUUAACUGAAGUUGACAAGGCUACUUUGACUCCAGCUGAGUUUUAAACCUUCACUUGCAGUUAAUAUUUGACUCUGAUGGUAGGAUUACGUUGUUUUACACAAACACUCACACAGACCAGUCACCACAGCCAACAUCUGUGUCACUGAGAGCAAGCAGCCAACAACAAGCCACUCCUUCAGAGAAAAUGAAACUAAUUCUGUCCGUCUGAGCGGGAGAAAAUGGCACACAGUCAGGAAUUUUUUGACUGCUCCAUUUGUUUACAGUUAUUGGAGGAUCCAGUGACGACGGCUUGUGGACACAGUUACUGUAUGAAAUGCAUCAAUGCCUUCUGGGAUGUAUACAAUAACAACGGAAGGAGUUACAGCUGCCCUCAGUGCAGGCAGACUUUCUCCCCGAGGCCUGAUCUGAAGAGGAACACACUUAUGGCUGACUUGUUGGAGAAACACAGACAGACAAAAAGUCAAAAUGAUGAUGAUGACACCUCUGCUGGACCUGGUGAUGUGCAAUGUGACGCUUGCACAGGGAAAAAGAGAAAAGCUUCCAUGUUCUGUCUUGUGUGUUUGGCCUCUUACUGUGAGCCUCAUCUGAAGCCUCACUUUGAGGUGCCUCCGUUAAAAAAACACAAUCUGAUUAAAGCCUCUGCGAGAGUUAAAGAAAGCAUCUGUGGCUAUCAUGACAAACUUUUGGAGAUUUACUGCCGCACUGAUCAGCAGUUCAUAUGUCUGCUGUGUGUGAUGGACAAGCACAAAGGCCAUGACACGGUGACAGUGGCAGCAGAAAAGUCUAAAAUGCAGAAACAACUGGAGCAAACUAAACAGGAAAUGGCAGAAAGAGUGCUGAAUUCAGAAAAGAAAAUGGCAGAACUGAGAGGGGCCGCAGACUCUAUAAGGGAUGCUGCAUGGGAGGCAUGUGAUGACUUUGAGCGACUGUGUGCGGACCGUAUCCGUAUAUUUGUCCGCUCUAUGGAGUACAAACGCUCUGAGAUGAGAGAAAAAGUUGCAGAAGCAGAGAAAGCUGGAGUGGACUGGACCAACACUCAUCUCGGGCAACUGGAGCGGGAAGUGUUAGAGCUGAGGAGGAGAGAAGAGAAACUCAACCAGCUUUCACUAAUGGAGGACCCCAUUCAGUUUCUGCAGGGUUUGCAGCACCUGGGUGAACUCCCUGUGUUCACAAACUCACAUGACAGACCUGACGUGCUGACAGAGUUUGUCGCUGCACAGAAAGAUAAACUUAAAAACAUGUGCGACAAAGAAAAGAAAGUAUUGUUCAGUCACUAUGAAGAAAAUCUGUUGUCAAAAACGCCAAGGUUGCUUAAGGAAAUACCACCAAGAAAACUGCUUUUGACCAAAUAUAAGUACUCCACAGUGGAGGUGGAUCCCAACACUGUAGCCGCAUGUCUUUGCUUGUCUGACAGAAACAGAGAGAUAUCGUGGGGCGACAAGGACCAGGCUCAUCCUGAUCACCCUAACAGAUUCACCUUCUAUCACCAGGCUCUGUGCAAAAAAGGCCUUAGGGGCAGACACUACUGGGAGGUGGAGUGGGAUUGUGGCAUUGUUGAUUUGGCCGUGUCGUACAAAGGCAUUGAAAGAAAAGGCUCAGGGAAAGAUUGCUAUUUUGGCCACAACGCGCUCUCCUGGAAAUUAACUUGCUCUUCAUCCGGCUGCACGUUUUGGCACAAUAAUCUUCACAAAGGCCAAAUUCCCCCAGUUCUCUCCCACAGAGUGGGCAUAUACCUGGAUUACUUAGCAGGAACACUGGCCUUCUACAGUGUUUCUGACUCUGACACGCUGACACGGCUGCACCAAAUCCAGACCACCUUCACUGAACCUCUCUAUCCUGGGUUUUCUGUUGAUUUAGGUGCAACACUGAAAAUAUCCAAAAUCUGAGCCUGUUGUAAUAUAUUUGCUGCAGGGCUGCGUGCAAAUUUAUGAUUCAGGGAUAGAAAAAAAAAGCACAAGACUUGGGAUGAUAUUAACAUUUGUAAAGUUUUGCAUAUUUGUAUAUUUCCAAGGGGCCGUUCACACAGCAACAGUUCUUGCAUAAAAUGUUAAACUUUUGUUGUGGUUUGGCCUUUUGUUCACACGACAACAGUGUUUUGGGGGCCUGAAAACACAAACGUUUGAAACUGUGUUCCACAGUGUAAUCUUUUGAAAACCCAACCUCUUCUUUCGCCGUGUAAACUGGCAAUGUGUGGCUCCUGUGACAACGGUGAUGUCACAGCUGCACUUUGCGCAUGCGCGUUGUGUUCUUCUAUGGUGUUUCGUUACAAAGUUACACCACUAUUACUGCCCCUGCAAUCAUACAUAAGCAUUUUCGUCUGUUUUUGUUGAUCUGUGUACAUGAGAAUUGUUUUCACAAUGUUAUUAUAAGAAAGCAGAUUUUUUUAAAAAGCUGUACUUUUGAUGAUCAAACAAAACAAUCAAGUAGAAUGACCCUGCUUUAGUUCAAUAGACUCAAAUAAAGGACGGUGCAUUGUUAAUAUGUUUAUCA